GAGAUGAUAAAGUUUUAGAGGGAAUGAAAAAGUUUGCAGACCUAACUGAAGAAGCUAAAACAGCCAUCAAGAAUCACGAUUGGUCUACCCUAGCUGACCUAAUGAAUUCCAAUUUUGAAAUGCGAAGAGAACUGUAUGGUGAUGCGGCUCUGGGUGUAGAUAAUCUGAAAAUGAUUGAGAUCGGCUGCAGUUUUGGUGCGGCUGUGAAAUUCCCUGGCAGCGGUGGUGCUGUAUUAGGCUUCCUGAAUGACCAGAGUCGAAUGGAGGAACUUCGUCAUCGUUACCAGCAGGAAGGUUGUGUGGUUGUUGAUAUCAUUCCCAAAAAACCAGUGCGAAAAAGUGACAGCAUUUGAGAAAGUGUGUGGUUAGCAUUAUUGUGCAAAUAUGUUAUUUUUAAUCGUUGCUCUAAAUUAUUUAUAGGUUAGAGCAGUCCCUAGCCAACCAGGCAUUUUUUGCAAUUGCACACCACUUACCCAACAAUUGUAUAGUUUUGAGUCUUUAUUUGCUUCUUUGAAGUAACAAGGAAUAGGCAUUAGUUUUUACUAAUUUAUCUUCUUAAUGCAUGGCUAACCUGAGGUGAAUAUCAUAAACUCAUUUUUUUUCCAAUGAUCAGCUUGCACUCUUUAAGUCUUGAGUAGUAGCUUUGCUUCUCAAGGUCUUCUCACACAUCCAUCAUACCUUCUGUCCGUUUUGUAUACACACUUGACUUUGCUUGCUGGUGUUUUGUGAUUUUAUAGAGUAUCAGACUAAUGUGAACCCAUGAACCAUUACUACUGAUGCAGCUUGAGAUGUUGAUUAUGGCUGUCAGUUACCAAUUAUUGAACAGGUAUUAGUAUUAGCGAGACCUAUUGUAAAAGUUGUGAUGGAUGCUUUAAUUUCUCUUGAAUUGCUGUUUCAUAUAAAUUGAGAUUCAGGGUAAUCAUGUAACUACUGCAGAAAUGCACAUUGAUAAUACCUGCAAGUGAGGAUGAAAAGUAUGAUAUAAUUCCAGUAUUAUAAGUUAUUUUUAAUCAUAUUUUGGUAUACUUUUAUGUACUCUAUUCUUGUAUGUGACAACAUUUAUGUAUUGUGCAAUCCUCAGGCUUUAUGGAUAAUCCUUGGAUGAAUAAUGUUACUUGGAUGUAAUUAUCUUAUGAAGAGCUCUACCUAAAAUAUUAUAAUCAUAGUUUAACAAGAUGAGUUCUAGACGAAAAAAUGCAUUGUCUAAUGAUAGUGCUGUAAGUGAAUUUUUUAACCAUAUGAUAGGUUAAGAUAACUAAUUAAGAUUCAUAUAUUGUUUGUUAUACUUGGGCUGUGAAUAUUCAUUGCAGAUAUUUUUUAUUCAUACAGAGGAUGGUAUAUUUUACUAUACCAUUAUAUCAGUUAUAUUUACUGACUGCAUGAGGUACCAUACUAGCAUAGGCAUGGUGAGGCUGUUAACUGCAGUAGCAAAAUGUAAUACAACUGCUGUAUUUCCUUGAAGCUUUUAAGCAUUUUAAGAAUCGUGCUUCUUUUUGGUUGGCAAUAAAUUGACUCAUUAUAAAAUAUUAGGAUUUAUAAGGUAUGUUUUUUUUGGAGCAGUUAGGGUUAUGGUCAAUUUUAUGUGGAGAGUCUUAGAUAUAUUGUUAUUGUUAUUGGUGUUGUGAUGCUCAAAUAAUUAAUAUGUCCUGAAUUUAGGAUUUUUAAGAUAAAGUGAUGCACUAUAUUAGAUGUAGGUGUUGGCAUUGUCUUCCUGAAAAAACAAAACAAAAAACAGUGUGCUGAGUUUAGUGUAUCUGAGGAUUCAGAAAAUAUCAUGAAUGAUUUUUCUAUUUCCAAGACAAUAUUAAAAAUAGUUUUAGCAACUCUGUACUACCUAUGUGAUACAAUACACUACCUGUGCUUGCAAGUAAAUGGAGGGGGGGGGGGGCCUUGCCCAGAAUUAUAAGAGCAUGUUUAAGAUUAUUUCCAAGACAUUCCCUGCAUGUCAAAUAGAUAAAGACAUCCCCCAGAUAGAUGGUGUUAUGUCUUUUCUGUUUUGUGUAUUGUAAGUGUAUUUUCCUGCUUUAUAUCUUUUUAAUGUGUUUUUACUUUAUUUAUUACUUGAAAAUUUCUCACUGUUAAACAACAUGCAAUAUGCACUUUGUUGAAUUUGUAAUAAAUGUUUUAUUUUGA